GAAGGUAUGAAUACCCUAAUCACACACGGAGCACAGAGCUCUGCAAUAGUGUCAGCUUCCUGCUGGAAACUACUUCUCUCCUCGAUAAAAAAAAACAGACGACUAUACCCAAGCCAAUUGAAGGCAGAGAGAACUUUUAUAAAUCCUCGUUGGCGUCAAACAGAAUGAUUACAGGUCUCAGAUCUACGCCGCUGUAAUGACACACAGGAUUUCAGGAAUUCGUAGACGUCCACAGCCUACCUUGCCAGGACACGGCCCAGAAUUCGUCUGAUCUGUGAGACGGGCGAGGGAAGUCCGGCACAUCGUGCACUCCCACGAUCCCUUCGUCUCAGGUUUAUUGUCUCGGUUCUCCUGCCUGCAGUGUUAUGUAUAACAAACUGCGCCAGUUCUCAUAGAGCUUCAUUAUUUGCUGUGAAGGACAAUGUAGAAGAGGCUUGACCCAAACGCGGAGCAGCGGAGGCAAUUUAGAGAACUAAGAAUCUAAACUAUAAAAGCUAUGAAUGGGUCCCAAACAUUGCGCUGGGCUUGGAAUAAUGGAUCUGAAUGGAUAAACACGUCUGAGAGCAUUCUAUAUGACUAUCAACUGAUCAAUGUAUUUGAAACCAUUCUCCUUCCUUCAUUCAUUAGCAUUCUCUGUUCAACAGGAUUCUUCGGAAAUAUUUUCAUCUUAUUUACAAUCAUCAGGUCUGCGAGGAGGACCAUCCCAGAUAUUUAUAUUUGUAACUUGGCAGUGGCAGAUUUGGUCCAUGUGAUUGGAAUGCCAUUCCUCAUCCAUCAGUGGGCACGAGGAGGAGAGUGGGUGCUCGGCAGUACUGCCUGCACCGUUAUCUCCUCGCUGGACAGUUGCAACCAAGUUGCAUCUUGUGCAAUUAUGACAGCCAUGAGCCUGGACAGGUACCUGGCUCUUGUUCAUCCAUUCAGUUUGGCAAGUUUCAGAACCAGGUCAAAAAGCAUUAAAAUCAACGUGAGCCUUUGGGCAGUUUCCCUCGUACUGGUUCUUCCAUCCUGGAUGCACACAAAAGUCAUUCAAUUUCAGGAUGGCCUGGAAAGCUGUGCUUUUGAUCUAACUUCACCCCAGGACAUACUUUGGUAUACGUUGUAUCACACCUUAACUUCCUUCUUUGUUCCUUUACCACUGAUACUCAUUUGUUACAUCUUGAUUCUGUGUUACACAUGGGACAUUUAUCAGGAAAACAAGAGGAAUGGAAGAUAUGACGUAACUAUACCCAGAGCACGGCUGAAGCGACUAACCAAAAUGGUCCUGGUUCUGGUGGGCGUGUUUGUGGUGAGUUCAGCACCGUACCAUGUGUUACAGCUGGUUAAUCUCAAAAUCGCUCAGCCGACCACCAUGUACUUCAUCAUCUAUUAUACCUCCAUCUGUCUCAGCUAUGCCAGCAGCAGCCUUAACCCACUUCUCUAUGUGCUGCUCAGUGGUAACUUCCAGCGGAGGCUGACACACUGCACCAAGGCCCGAAUGAGGGUAACUGAGCGUGAAAUUAUUAACAUAGAAAGCAUAAUAAAGUCAAAUUACUAAGUAUAAAUGCUGUUAAAUGUAAUCCACACAAAAUACUGGAGGAACUCAGCAGGUUGGGCUGCAUUUACGGUAGUGCUACCUGACUUGCGACGUUCCAUCAGCAUUUUGUGUGUGAUGGAUUCAGAUGUUUUUGAUCCAAUGUUCAUUCAUAAGCUAAGAGAGACACAUAAAACUGUUGCUUCGCAAUCAUUUUAUUAAGUGUUAAUGGAAUAAAGAGGAUUGUAAACAGUGAAGCAGAGGCUAGUAGCCAAGAGCAAAGAACAGGGAAAGAAUAAAGAUGGCAGAGCAACAUGUUGAGCAAACAGCCAUUCCAUUCAAAUCUGUAGAUAAGAGCUAACCGAUCAGAUAGGCCCCAUUCAAAUAAUGCAAUACCAAGAAGCUUCCAGAAAGAGACAGAAGAACUGUAAUCACUCGGGGACACAUUGGAUAAUUUGCUUAUACAUACUGUGACCACUGGGAAACAUACUAAACAAUUACAUGCAUACAAGCAGUUAUAUAAAAUACAAGCAAGCAUAACAGUUAAAACUACAAAGAAAAUAACAAUUACACAGUCUAAUCCAAUGUGUGUUGCUCAAUAUUUCCAGCAUCUGUAGAACCUCUUGUGUUAAUGAAGAGCUAUUAAAUUGAAUCGUUAAAUAUAUUUAGGGCUGAGAGAAAAAAAUCUGUGCAUGUGGUAUUUGAGGAUUAUAAGAACUGGGCAGUGGCAUAUGUCGUGAAAUUUACUGUUCUCUGGCAGCAGCACAUUGCAAUAUAUAAUAGAAACUAUAAAUUACAAUAUGUAUAUAUAACAUUAAAUUAAAUCAGUAUUACAAAAAGAGAGGGGAAAAUAGUGAAGUAGUGUUCAUGGAUUUGUUGUCCAUUCAGAAAUCUGAUGGUGAAGGAGCUAUCCCUGAAGUGUUGAGUGUGUAUCUUCAGGAUCUUGUACCAUCAUGUUUGAAUCAUCUUACGGAAAGGUAUUUUUGGAUUAUAAAUUUAUAAUAACUGCAUUUAACUUAGAUGCUGCCAAGAUAAAUUUGUGUAGAGCAGAAUAAAUUAAUCAGGUAUAAAGAGCAUUCUGAAACAAUGGGAUUGAAAUGCACAGUGUGUGUGAACGCUGUAAUCUCUGCCUUGUCAGUCUGAAGUCAACUGAGAGAGCAUCAUAGACACGAGAUGCAGCAGAUGCUGGAAAUUCAGAGUUAUACAUACAAAAUACUGUACUGGAAUAACUCAGCAGGUCCAGCAGCAUCGCUGAAAAGGAAUAAACAGUCAACAUUUCGUACCUGAUGAAGGGUCUUGGCC